GAGUUCAGGCUGCUGCUGUCGCCCUGGCCCCGCCCACAUCGUGACGCCUUCAGGGAGCGUGUUGAGCUGAGAGAGGAAAGCAGCUUUAAUUGUAGGACACAGAGAAAAGCCAGCGAUGGCUUCUCUCAGGCAGGAGCACCACUAUGGGCUCUCCUGUGGAAAAAAUAACAAAAACGGCCCCAACAGGACGCUGUACCAUGUGAAGCUCACGGACACGGCUAUCAGAGCGCUGGAGGCUUACCAAAACCUCAAGGGAUCAUUACCACGUGAACCAUCAAUUUGUUUCAAAGGAAACCAAGGGUACAUAAAGAUCCCAACUCCAACACCAGAGUCACCUUCUGCUCUUCGCGUCUUCUCCUUCUACUUAUCCACUGACAGCAAGGACCAGCCUCAAGCCAGCUUUGACUGCAUCCAUCAGUAUGUUUCAAGUGAUGGCCACGAGCAGCUAGAAGGGCAGGGAGUCAUCCAGGACAAGAUCACUGUGUGUGCCACCGAUGACUCCUACCAGAUGACCCGCGAGAGGAUGUCUCAGGUGGAGAAGGACAGCUGGAGCCGCUCUGCUAUUGAAAUCAAACCUGGAGCCACACAUCCAAGUAAGUGUGUGAAGUUCAACAAAAGGCCAGCUCCUCCUUCUGCAUCAGACAGUAGUUUCUAUAAACAGUCUACCAACAACCGGAGGACUAGCGCUGUGCCCAUGCUGACCCAGAAACCCCUAAGGGAUCGUGUCAUCCACCUGCUGGCCCUCAAACCAUACAGGAAACCAGAGCUGCUGCUGUGGCUGGAAAGAGAACGAGCUGGCCCCAAGGACAAGGCCGAGCUGGGCGCAGUACUGGAAGAGGUAUCAAAAGUAAAUCCAAAAGACAGCAGCUACCUGCUGAAAGAUGACUUCUACAAGCAUGUGCAGAGGGACUGGCCAGGCUACAGCGAGGAGGAGAGACAGCUGCUCAGCAGGCUGUUGGCCAGGAAGUUGCAACCACAGAUUAGCAAUCAAUCAAAGACUCUUCAAGCAAGCAUGUCAACUUUGAAGACCUCAGAGGAGAUGACACUGUAUCACAGCACAGUGAAAAAUCCUGCAGUGAAACGCCCCAUUCCUUCUGACUUGCUGGAAAGGCUAGCUGUUAAGAGACAAAGACUAGCAAACCAGAGGUUGCAACAGCAGCCUGCUAUAAACAGACUCUCAAACAAUAAAGAAGGACAUGACAGCGCAACUCCUACCCACACCUCCAGCUUCCACACAAAGACUGAGUUUCAAAGGACAAGUAACCAUACCAGUAACCAACAUGACUUAUCAGGGGGCCACGGUGGGUUUCCUCUAAUGCACAAACCAUCUAGCACCCCUGGGACACCUGUUUCAGAGAGCAGGGAACAAGAACCCAAAGUCAGCAGCCAGCAACCAUCACAGGGCGACCCGGACUGCUCUCAUCAGCAGCUCGCCACCAGCCAGCACAGAAAGAAGAAAUCAAAAAAGCACAAAGACAAGGAGCGAGAAAGGUUAAAAGACAACCAGGGCAGCAAGUGGUUGGAGACGAGUCCAGAUCUUAAACACAACCCGGACAAACUUGACAAUCCUGACAUCACAAAUGCUGUGGCCUCUGAGGAGAAGCCAGAUUAUGUGCACACAUAUAACACCAUAACAAGUUUGGAGCAACGUCAGAGGUACCAGGAGGAUUUCUGCGCAGAGUAUGAUGAGUACAAAGACCUCCACUCCCGGAUCGCCACCAUAACUCACAUGUUUGUCCAGCUAGGAUCCAAGAUCAAGAGCCUGUCCCCUGGCACACAAGAACACAAGAUAAUGGAAGACCAAAUACUAGAAAAAUACAACAAGUAUCGAAAGAAGUUUCCAGGCUACCGGGAAGAGAAGAAACGCUGCGAGUAUCUCCAUGAGAAACUGUCCUACAUUAAACAGCUCAUCAUAGACUAUGACGUGGCUCAGACGACUUCUUAGCAUCAGAUUUUUUUCUUGCAUGGAAGUGCUUUUUUUUUUUUUUGCUUAAACAACAUCUGAGUUUUGUUUGGUUUUGAAGGUGUUUUAGAUGUUGCACUGAUAUGAAAAGUCCAAGGCAGAGACAAAGAUAUUCUUGGGCUUAUGAGCUUUUAAAAUUAACAUGAUCUUGGAAAGAAUUUGUGCACGUCACAAUGCCCUGAAAGACAGUUUUCCUAGUAUUUGUAGCAAACCAUUUUAAAACCAGCGUCAGUGUGAGCCAAGAAAUUGGAAAACACAAAGUAGCAAGUAUGAUUUUAAUUUAUUCACUUUGUUUUUGACACCUAAGUCAAACAUUGUGCCCAGCAAGUUUCUCUUUUUUUAUUAAAAAUUUCAAUAUAUAGUGUAAAAAACAGUGUGUAUGUUCCAGUUCAAAAUCAGAGUUGGCCUCAGUUGUGAUGGAUCAAUGAAGCAGCCCGCUGGCCAAAAAAACAAAAAAACACCAAAUGUUAAAGCCAUUUCAUCUCAGAUUCAGUCUUUGCAUCUUAUUGUGCACACAGAGUGAGAUCACUUCACUUGUUCCCAGUGUAGUUUCCCUUAAGGCAUUU